AUGUCCUUGCGAGUUAUCAGCUUGCGCGGCCUCUGGAGCCUGGGCUGCAAAGCUCGCACCUCCUUCAGCUCAGAGACCUUCAGUCGAGCAUCCACCACCCGCUGCUACUCAGAACUUCCAUCGCGGACAAAACCACGGGGUCGGAUAAAACCGUCGUCGGUCACGGUCUGCGGGGAGACACUCGCAACAGAUCCUGAGUGGUUCAACACGCCCCCGAACGUUCUCGACGCAACAUCACGGCGACUUCACCUCCAGAGUGACCAUCCGGUGUGCAUCACUCGUCAGAUAAUCGAGUCCAACUUCUGCCGCUCGACGUACAAGCGCUACAACGACCACAGCCCCGUUGUGUCGACAACGCAAAACUUUGAGUCUCUCGGAUUCCCAGACAACCAUCCAGGAAGGGCUCUCACGGACACGUAUUACAUAAACAAGACUACUCUCUUGCGGACGCAUACGAGUGCGCAUCAAGCCGACACGUUUCGGGCCAACGAAAGCGAUGGAUACCUCAUUUCGGCCGACGUUUACCGGAGAGAUGAGAUUGACCGCAGUCACUAUCCCAUCUUUCAUCAGAUGGAAGGCGCAAGGUCAUGGGAUCGAGAAAAGGUCCCCGCCGGCGAUGUGGUGGCAGCGGUCCGCCGGGAAAUCGAGGCGCUACCUAGACACGGCGUCAAGGUGGAGGAUCCCAACCCCUCAUUUGACAGGGAGAGAAACCCUCUCCAGGAAGAUCACCACUCCGCGGCCGAGGUCGAAGCGAUUGCGGAGCACUUGAAACGCUCGCUGGAAGGCAUGGUCGUCGACGUCUUCUCCCGAGCCAAGGCGGCGGCGUCAAAGGACAACCCCAACGUUGUGGACGAGCCCCUGAAGAUGCGUUGGGUCGAGGCAUACUUUCCCUUCACGAGCCCUUCGUGGGAGCUGGAAGUAUACUACGACGGUGACUGGCUAGAGGUGCUGGGCUGCGGCGUGGUCCAGCAGGACCUCUAUAUCAACGCUGGAGUACCGUCGCAACUCGGAUGGGCGUUUGGCAUCGGCAUCGACCGCAUCGCCAUGCUCCUCUUCAAGAUCCCUGACAUCCGGCUCUUCUGGUCCCGCGACAAGCGCUUCCUGUCCCAGUUUGCGGGCGUGUCCUCCAAUCUCGGUGCCCUGAAGCGCUUCGUGCCCUUCUCCAAGUAUCCGCCUUGUCCCAAGGACGUGUCCUUUUGGCUGCCGCCGGCAGCGGAGGAUAACGGUCCGGGUGGCUUUCACGAGAAUGACGUGAUGGAAAUCGUGCGCAACGUGGCGGGCGACACGGUGGAGGACGUGACAAUGAUUGACGAGUUCACACACCCAAAGUCGGGUCGGAGGAGUGUGGCGUACAGAAUCGUGUACCGCAGCCUGGAGCGGACGUUGACGAAUGAUGAGGCGAUUGGCUUCCACGAGCGGGUGAGGGCGGCGCUGGUGAAGGAGCUUGGCGUGGAGCUACGGUGA